AUGCCAUUACGCAGCCGAAAAGUAUGUGAUUUAAAAAAAAAGUGCCGUAAUGCUGGUUUACCAGUAACGGGUAACAAAAAUCAAUUAAUUGAACGGUUGAUGGACAACAGUGAUAAUCAAACUGUUGUAAUGCAGCGUUUAUCGACUUUAGAAAAAACUAUUUCGGACUUAGUGCUACAACAAAAACAAAAAACAACGACAUCAAUUAAUUUUGUACCACCAAUAUCGUCUUCGCCGGUAAAUGUUAUUGGUAAUAUGGAAAAGUCCGCACCAACCGUAACGAGUACAUAUACCGUGAUACAUCCACAAGUAUUACCGAACGCAUACAAUAGUCAACAUUCGCUGUGGACAACCUCUCAAGAGCCCAGAAAUUUUCUCAAUCGGGACACGUUGCCACCACCGACUUUCGUGCCACCGACAUUUGUGCCACCACUGACAUCCGCGCCGUAUGCAACAUACCAGAAUCCGUCUGUACCGUACAUAUUCGAUUACGUUCGCGCACCGCCGGUAGUACCGAAUUAUUACAAUCCAUACGAGAAUGUGCGCGAUAUUGUUGAACUUUUGCCGGUUUUUGACCCAUCGUCCGAUCGUUCGUUAACACCAAAACAAUUCGUAAAACGCGUUGAAAAUCUGAGAAGUGUAUAUGGGUGGAGAGAAAACACACUUUUGUUUGCCGUACAGCAAAAGAUGCGGGGAUCAGCAAAAUAUUGGGUUGAUUCCUUGCAAGACGUGUUUAUUUCGGGGGCGGAAUUCGUUCAUAAAUUUCUGCUAAACUUUCCGUGCAUCAAAAAUGAAGCCGAUGUGCAUCUUAAGAUAGCACAAGCGAAACGGCAAAACAAUGAGUCCGCUCAAGAGUUUUAUUACCGCAUGCCUGCCUUAGGUUCAAAAGGUGGGUUAUCCGACUCGAGUAUUGCGCGCCAUAUUAUAAACGGCAUUAGUGAUUCAGAUUUACGUAAGAAAAUUUCUAAUAACUAUACACAUUGUCAAGAUUUACUAAAUGACAUUAUAAACUUUAAUAUUUAUAACGAAGUGAAAACCGCGCCACCUAAAAUGGUAUUAAAAACAAACGCGUCGAUAGAAAAACCGCUGAAUCGAAAGUCUCCGGCUACAGAAAAUCAAAAGCCGCAAACACCGUUACCACUCGAAAAAGUUAAGUGCUAUAACUGCUUGAAAUUUGGGCAUUAUUCCGUAAAUUGUGCCGAGCCACAACUUAAAACAAUCAAAGUGAACGGUAUAGAAACUCUAGCAUUUGUGGACCCUGGUAGUAGUCGUACACUUAUUCGUAAAACAUUCACGCGUAAAAUCGGAGACGUACGUGAGCAACUCACAAUAUUGAAAGGAUUCGCGGGCGGACAAUAUGCUAAUACCGAAAUUGUAAGUGCGAUAAUAGAAGUUGACGGUAAUAAUAAUCCAACUAUUAUGCCUGUCAUUGACGAUGAUUUCUCAUGUGAAACAGUAUUGUUAGGACGAGACGUAUUGUGCCGUGCGGGUAAUCGCUUGGUUAUUGAACAAGAUCAGUGUCGCAUAGAAGACAUAAAUAAAAUUGACGUUACAAAUGAUUUAAGUGUAAUUGAUCGCCAGAGCUUGCAACAACUAUUAACACAACACGCGGAUGUUUUUGCAAGCAAUUUAUCUGAAAUUAGUAAGUGUGAUGUUUCAAAACUGAGUAUCGAAUUAAACAUCAACAUACCAAUUUGCCUUAACCCGUACCGUAUACCGUUCGCUAAACGCGCUAUCCUUUCCGAAAUCGUAUCUGAAUUAUUGAGCAACAAUAUAAUUCGACCGAGUGAGUCAUCUUACGCCGCGCUAGUUGUUCUCGUCGAAAAAAAUAAUGGCGAACAUCGCUUAUGUGUGGACUACCGCAGUCUAAACAAAGUUACUAUAAAAAGACCUUAUCCCAUGCCCAUCAUGGAAGAACAGUUCGCGCAACUUGCCGGAAAUAAUUUUUUUACAACGCUUGAUCUACGUACCGGGUAUCAUCAAAUUGAAAUAGAUGAAUCCUCAAAAAAAUAUACCGCUUUCGUAACUACUGACGACCACUACGAAUACAACCGCAUGCCGUUCGGUCUGGUAAACGCGCCCGCUGUGUUCCAAUAUAUGAUGGAUAAAAUUAUUGCAGAAAUGCCGCGCGGUGAAGUGUUAGCAUAUUUGGAUGACGUUAUUAUUCCAAGUAAAACUAUUGACGAAGCACUUAAGCGACUUUCUAAAAAUAUUAAAACGUUAUGGACUUACAAUGCGCAUGGACAAACGUAA